UUAACAUUUUGUUAUCAUUAUUGCUUACCUUUGAAGAGUUGACUUCAAUUCCUCUGAUGGAGUUCGCUUCUUCUUCUUCUUCAUCAUCAUCUUCUUCCUUCUUAAAAUCAGAAUCCAAUUUCAUAUACGAUGCGUUCGUCAACUUUGGCGGAGAAGACAUCCGUAGAAAGUUUGUUUCUCAUCUCCAUUAUGUUAUUUUACAAGCUAAGGUCAAAACAUUGAUUAAGGAAGAGAAUCUACAUGAGGGAAUGAAGAUGGAAGAACACUUGCGAGCAAUAGCAAGCUCUAAGAUUGCAAUUAUCGUUUUCUCCAAAACAUACACUGAAUCUACCUGUUGUCUUCUUGAGCUUGAACAAAUCAUUGAAUGUGUAGCAACUUUUGGUCAAAUAGUUCUGCCCGUAUUUUACGAGAUUGACCCAUUGGAUGUACGUCAUCAGAAGGAUGAUUUUGGAAAAGCAUUGGAAGAAACUGCACGCAAAAGCUAUUCAGGAGAACAACUGGAACUUUCAUUGUCCAAGUGGAGCCGUGCACUCACCACAGCCGCAGGUAUCACUGGUUUGGAUCUCAGAAAUUUCAGGCAUGAUGCCGAACUUGUGGAGGCAAUUGUUAGCCGCGUUCAAACAUUGUUGGACUAUUCAGAGUUGCCUAUUACCCGAUUCCCUGUUGGAUUAGAGUCCCACGUGAAAAGGGUGAUUAGAUGUAUCGAAAAUCAUUCCACCGAAGUCUGUAUGAUAGGAAUAUGGGGAAUGGGAGGAUCGGGUAAAACUACUGUAGCCAAAGCCAUCUAUAAUCGAAUUUAUCGUACAUUCAUUGGUAAGAGUUUUAUUGAAAAUAUUAGAGAUUGGGAUCUAGUAAAUAGCAAAAAUGUUGAUUUGCAAGAAAAUCUUCUUUAUGAAGUCCUAAAAUCAAAGUUCGGGUUCAAAAGCACUUGGAUGGGAAGAACUAUCAUCGAGAACGAACUUUGUCGAAAAAAGGUGCUCAUUGUGCUUGAUGAUGUGAAUGAGUUUAGCCAAUUAGAAAACCUAUGCGGGAGUUGUGAAUGGUUCGGUCAAGGAUCUGUGAUAAUCAUUACAACUAGAGAUGUUCAAUUGCUGAACCGACUUAAAGUUAAUUAUGUUUAUGAAAUGGAUGUUAUGAACCAAAAUGAUUCCCUUGAACUUUUUAGUUGGCAUGCCUUUAGAGAAGCAAAACCAAGAAAAGACUUAAAUGAACUUGCAAGAAACAUAGUUGUUUAUUGUGGAGGACUACCACUAGCUCUUAAGGUCCUUGGUUCCUUUUUAUAUGGUAGGACAAUGGAAGAGUGGGAAAAUGUACCGUCAAAACUAAAAGUAAUUUCCAUUGAUCAAGUUCAAGAGAAAUUGAAAAUAAGUUUUGACGAUUUACGUGAAAUGGAAAAAGAUAUAUUUCUUGAUAUAUGUUGUUUCUUUAUUGGUAAAGAGAGAAACUAUGUCACAGAUGUAUUAAAUGGCUGUGGACUACAUGCUAAUAUUGGAAUAAAAGUUCUCAUAGAACGUGGCCUCAUAAAAGUUGGAAGGAACAACAAACUUAAAAUGCAUCCUUUGUUUCGAGACAUGGGAAGAGAAAUUAUUUUUCAGAGAUGCCCAAAGGAACCGUGGAAAAGGAGUCGACUAUGGUUUCAGGAUGAUGUAAAAGAUGUACUGAAAAAUAAUACUGGAACAGAAGCUACCCAGGGAUUGUCCCUGAAACUACAUUCAACCAGCACAGAUUGCUUUGAAGCCCAUGCCUUCAAGGAAAUGAAGAGAUUAAGACUUCUACAAUUGGAUCGUGUACAACUUAAUGGAGAUUAUGGCUACGUUUCUAAACAACUCAGAUGGAUUUGUUGGCAAGGGUUUCUUUCUAAAUACAUUCCAAACAACUUUCAUAUGGAAAAUGUAAUUGCAAUUGAUUUAAAACGUAGUCAUCUUCAACUCGUCUGGAAACAACCCCAGGUUUUAGAGUGGUUAAAAUUCCUUAAUCUUAGUCACUCGAAGUUCUUAAGAGAAACACCUGACUUUUCAGGACUACCAAGUCUUGAAAAGCUCAUUCUAAAAGAUUGCCCAAGUUUGUACAAGGUACACGAAUCCAUUGGAAAUCUCUGCAACCUACUACUGAUCAAUUUGAAAGACUGCACAAGUCUAAUCAGUCUCCCCAGAGAGGUAUAUAAGUUGAAAUCUUUGAGAACUUUCAUCCUCUCUGGUUGUUUCAAGAUUGACAUAUUGAAAGAAGAUAUAGUGAAGAUGGAAUCCUUGAUAACUCUAGUUACUGAAAAUACAGCUCUGAAACAAGUGCCCUGUUCAAUUUUAAGCUCAAAAAGCAUUGCAUAUAUAUCCCUAUAUGGAUUUGGAGGAUUGUCACAUCAUAUUAUUCCUUCUGCUAUUCGGUCUUGGAUGUUGCCAACAAGGAAUCCCCAAUCUUUUAUUCGUCCGUUUUGCGUGGAUAAGGAGAAUAAUAAUUGGGGUGACCUUGCCCCAUUGCAUAACAGCCUUGCAAAUAUUCGAAGUGUUUUGGUUCAAUUUGACACAGAGUUUCAACUAUAUAGGCACCUAAAAACAAUUCUUUUCGAAUGCGGUGCUGAUUUUACACAAUCAAAAAUUUCAAAGGAUCAGUUGAGAUUUUCUUCGAUUGGUAUUGGAAGUUACAAGGAGUUCUUCAACACUCUCAGCGAUAGCGUUUCUGAGGGAUUGACCAACAGUGAGUCUUGUUAUGUUUCUCUUCCAAGUGACAACUAUCCUUACUGGUAUGCCCAUAUGGGUGAGGGACAUUCCGUUUCUUUCACUGUGCCUCACAAUAGUGACAUGAAGGGAAUGGCUUUGUGUGUUGUUUAUUCAUCAACCUCCAAAAUCAUUGAACCUGAAUGUCUUUCUAGUGUCUUAAUUGCUAAUUACACAAAGUGUACAUGCCAGAUAUACAACCAUGGCACAAUAAUUUCCUUUAAGGAUGAGGAUUGGAAUGGCAUAGUGUCAAAUUUAGGAUUCGGAGAUAAGGUGGAGAUUUUUGUGACUUUUGAUCAAGGAUUGGUAGUCAAGAACACAACUAUCUAUCUUAUAUAUGGUGAAUCAAAUGGCUUAGAAAUGGACCCUUGCCCUGAGCCAAAGGUAAAUGCCCUUGACAAAUUCAUUAAGAAAAUGGUGAGGUGUGACUACUGGUAAGUUAUUUUUCUUCUUUGAGAACAAAACAAGAUGCCUUGAGUAUUAAAUCCUAAUGUCCUUGUUUACAGUUUAUUUCUGUGUCGUUGUUUUCUUGUUUGUGUUGAGUAGCAGUUUAUAGUUUAAAAUUCAAUUUUUAUUUUAUCCUGUUUCUCACUCCUCGCGCUAUACCUUGUUGCCUGUCCUUGAGAUGUUUAUUGUAUUUUCUUUCUUAUUAUUUCUGACAAUUUUUUCCCUUUCUAACAUUAUUAACACUGUAUCAAGAAAUAAACUCAGUUAAAUUUCGGUAUUUUCUUCUUAAA